AUGUACAUGUCAAAAACAUUUGACAGAUUAGAGUGGAGCUUCCUUCUCAAGGUACUAAAUUAUUUUGGAUUCAGUGAUGACUUCUGUAACUUAGUUCAUCAGUGUAUAAGUACUUCUACCCUAUCAGUUCUUCUUAAUGGAUCCCCUUGUGAUGAAUAUCAACCUACAAGAGGUAUAAGACAAGGUGAUCCACUUUCACCUUAUCUCUUUAUUCUUUCUAUGGAGUUUCUCUCAAGGCAUCUUAUUGCUGAUCAACAAAACAAAACUAUUCAAGUGCAUUUCAACAAGCACACUAAACCAGAAGUUGUUGAAUGUCUUACCAACAUACUUGGAGUUAAAGCUAUGAAUUCAAAAGAAAAGUACCUGGGGUCACCUCUGCUACUAGGGCACUCCAAACAAGAAGCUUUCAAAUCAAUACAAGAAAACUUUGAGCAAAGAUUAUCCACUUAUAACUCAAUUUCUCUCACACAGGCCGGAAGAUCAACGAUGACUAAACAUGUUUUAAAUGCAGUUCCUACUUAUCAGAUGGGCACUUUCAAGCUCCCUAAUCAACUGAUCAACAAGCUUAUUGCCAUUGAAAAACACUUUUUUGGGGACAUAAAUCAAACAAGGGUUCUAAUCCUCUAG